CAGUUGUUUGAAAUAAUGUUAAAUCUUGCAAAUCAGCGGUUGUGAACGCCAGCUGUCUCCUAGCUUAAAUCGACUGUUAAACUAGGUCACAUCGGUGUGCUAGCUCACGUAAAUUUAGUUAGCAGAAUUUCAGCAAUAAUAAUAAUUUAGCACUAGAUAACGGUAGUGAUUUACGGACAACUAUUCCGGCUGUAUUAAUUGGAGCAGGGGAUCUACUGGCUGCCAGCAUGUCAAGCAAACGGGCCAAGGGAAAGAACACCAAGAAGCGUCCCCAACGCGCUACCUCCAAUGUGUUUGCUAUGUUCGACCAGUCUCAAAUCCAGGAGUUCAAGGAGGCUUUUAACAUGAUAGACCAGAACAGGGAUGGUUUCAUUGACAAGGAAGACCUGCAUGACAUGUUGGCCUCAUUAGGUAAAAAUCCCACGGAUGACUACUUGGAAGCGAUGAUGAAUGAAGCCCCCGGUCCAAUCAACUUCACUAUGUUUUUAACCAUGUUUGGAGAGAAGCUGAACGGCACUGACCCGGAGGAUGUGAUUCGGAAUGCCUUUGCUUGUUUUGAUGAGGAGGGAACGGGUCUGAUCCAAGAGGAGUUCCUCCGCGAGCUCCUCACCACUAUGGGCGACAGGUUCACAGACGAGGAAGUGGACGAGCUCUUCCGUGAGGCCCCCAUUGACAAGAAAGGCAACUUUAACUACGUGGCGUUCACGCGCAUCCUAAAGCACGGUGCCAAGGACAAGGACGAUUAGAGGUGCGCUUUGAGCUUCAUUCUUAAUUCUGUCAUGACUGGAAGGUUCUCGUUUAGCUUCCGUUGCUCUUCCUCAUCUUGAAGCUCAUUUGCACAUGUGUAGAACAUCACUAAGGAUCUGUAUAAACUUGAAUAUUGAAUAUGUCUAAUAAUAAAAAUGGCACUUCUGGGAAAUGUGCUUGAAGUCAACAUGGAUAAAAAAAAUUGAAGCUGCUGUUUUGUCGGUAUUUUUAAUAAAAUGCAUGCAUGCUAUUGACAUGUGACCAUCUGUUCUGCAAACGGGAGCUAAUUAGCAAAUGGCUCUGCAGCAUAAUGGAUAGGACACUGGAUAAGUACACAGGAAAGUGAUUCAAAGGUUCAUGAUUUCAAGUCCCGAAUUUUGUGUCACGUAAUGGAAUCUACAAAGGCUAAUCCUAAUACACCUGCAGACCUAAAAGAAACCUAAUGUGUAAUCCCCCCCCACCAACGGGGCGCGACGGGGAAAAUGCAGGCGGACAAGCAUCAGUCUUAAUGCUGUAACAACCUUUCAUCACAUGACUAUAUCAAUAAAUACACGAGGAUGAGCUUUCUGUACACAGCAGCUGCUCACAGAGCAACACAUUAACACAUUUUAAUCCACCAGAGCCAGAUUUUUAGACUGGAUCUUUGUCAAGUGGUCUGAUAUGCACGCCUCCAUCUUGUCGCACUGUGCCAGGAAGUCCUGCAAACAGCAUUUCAUCAUGUGUUUUUCCUGUUGGGGAUGGGGAUGGGGGGGUGCCGCACAAGGGAACAAAAAAAUAAAAACUAACCUGCACCGUCUUUACCAGGCCCUUUUUCUUCAUUCU